AUGACGGUCAAAUGCCCAGGUACGGCCCUAAACAGCCAGAUCCUAACGGAGGCGUGCCAGUGCGUCGAGGGACUUAACGGCGUCAAGGACGGCCGUUGGAAGUCGUCGUUGACAUUCUACCGUCCGAUCGUGAGGGACACGUCAUCAGGGACGGUGGACCAUCCGAGGGAUUUUCUGGGGCUAGCUCUGCAAGAGCAGCCGAACAAGUACUAUUUCAUAUUGAGGGCUCAUAGGAUUGUUCUUGAAGCGGAUUUGUCGAUUCAAGUUAUUAUGGAGAAGUUGCAGUCUUAUAAAGCUCGGAUUGUGCUCAAUUUUGAGGGUUUUCAAUAUCAACUUGGUGAUUUCCGAUUGAGAGUGGGAAAGUGUGUUCCUUCUACCUCUGAAAGUUUGAGGGGAAUCAUGAUGGAGGUAGAAUACCUUCCCUUAUCCUCAAUAGAGAAAUCUCGCCAAGUUCUUGAGGAAUUCUUUGACAUAUGGCAGGAAGCUGUAUCGAAAAAAUCAUUGCCUGGCCAUUUCAUGCAUAUUGAAUCAAACUUUGCCGACUAUGGCCUUCAAGAUCAUUACACGUCACAACAUACCGCUGUUCAAUACGCAACUUGCAUGGCUCAGCUUAUUGCCGCAGUUAGAAAUUAGGUUUACAUUAUGAGUAAUGGAGAAAAAGCUGAAGGUGUUGAAAGAAGAUAUUUUGUAAUCAAUUUUAUAUACGAGGAAGCUUCGGCUGUGGGUGUAUUUACUGUGUACUUUGAACUGGGAUGAACGUAAUUUUUCUUUAUUGAAAGUGCAUAUUAGUGUUCUCUUC